AUGUUCAGGUAUAUUGAAGAAAACUAUUCUAAGAUUCGUGAUGUCGAGCGAGAACUUGCCAACCUCUCGAUGGAAAUGAAGCUUACAGCUGGUCCAAAGAAAGCUGCACUUGAACGCCUACGGAAGAAAAUAGAAAUGUCAACAGAGAGAAUUCGAUUGGCUAAGAUGAAAGAAGAACAAGCUAAAAAGGCCUGGGAAGCAGCAGCAAAAGACGUACAGGAUGAGGAAGCGAGCAAACAGAAGCUUUGUGACGAUCUAAAUAAUUUGGUCCAGGAAAGUAGCAACAGCCAACUUGCUCGACUGGAGGAACUGAAGCGCCGAAUGGAGUCUCUGAACCCGAGCAGAUCUUCCAAUACACAUACGCCCUCAAAAUAUAUGGAGUCGGGUGUCAAGUUGAAGUCAGCCGCCGGAAGCGCGAAUGAGUUGCUGGUUCUGACAAACAUUGCCAAACCAUCCAAUGAACCCUCCAUUUUGUCCAUACAACCAGUCAUGGCGUAUUUCAUGUGGGAUCCGUCGGGCCCGACACGCCUGUAGAUAUCACGCUCCACUAGAAAUAGGCGGUCGGAAUGCUCGUCCAUCACCAGAUAGUUGUGGUGAUUAGAUAAUCUUCCGAAGUAGCUGUCGUCAAACUUGAAGUCACCCUCGGAGUACAAGGGAUGCUCCCACAGAAAGGAGGGAGAUUCGAGGUCCCAGCACUCGACCGAGUUACUCGUUAAGCAGAAGAGGCGUUUCUGGCGGGCGGAGUAGGCGAUAACACGGUAGUAGACUGGGUUGCACACGGGGAGCCAGGUGCUCCUGUUGUGGCUGGGGAAGCAGAGCUCAAUGCGGCUGCUUUUGCAAUUGUAGGUGACGAUGGCGCGGAAGUCGUGGGCAUCGGGAGAGGAGGAGGUUAGGAUAAUAUUGGAGGGAAAAGGCCAACCAAGUUUGGGAAGCUUUAUAUGGCGACCGGUGAUGGGAUUGGAGAGGAAAGCCUGUUGGUUGUCUUGAUUGAAUGAUGCCAUCCAGCCGCGGUUACAUCCCAAGUCAUGUAUUACUUGGCCUUGUGCCCACGCCGGCGGUGGCGUCUCCUUCUUGAUGCUCACCAUUUUCUUCUCCGCAAGGCUGUACAACUUAGUACUACUCCUAUAUGGUAGCAUCAGCCAAGGGGAUAUUGAUAUUUUGCAAUAAUUCCUACGGAAUAUAAAUUGGAGACUCAUUGGAGUAUACUAUAAUAAUAUCCCUAUCCCUAUCCCUAUCCCUAUCCCUAUCCCUCCAAUUAAUAUAUUGAAUUCACUCUUACAUAACUUGUGCUUCAAGUCUUAAGAUUUUAUUGUAAUUAAUAUAGAAUGAUUAAUAUGUUGUGAAUAUUCCACGGAUAUACAUUAUAAUAUACGGUAAUUAAUAGUAAUUUGAAUUUAAGAUUCACCCAAUCUUAUUAUAACUUGCGCUCCAAGUCGAAGAUCAUCACCUCUUACUUAUUUAAUACUCCCGUAUAAUAAGAUAUGCCCCUAACUCUAUAAUCAAGCUAUUAUUACGCAAAUGAAAAAGCUACUAGUAUUUGGAGGUGCGGCCAGAUUAAAUUUAGGGUUUAGGAAGAAUAAAUUGAAUUCCAAGAUUUUAUUUGAGAUUAUGUAAUUAGGGCUAAGAUUUUAUUUGAGAUAUAGUAUAUAAUUCAAUCUUAUAAAACUUGCGCCUCAAGAUUUACUAUUUGAGACAUACAUAAUCAAUUAAUAUUAAUAUAGGAGCAUUAAUUUCAAAGAUUUCAUCCCAAUCUUAUAAAAUACUAAUUUGUUGAAGAUACGAAUUAAUAAUAGUAUCUAUAUAUAUACCCUAAAUGCUAAUAAUCAACUAAUUACGCAAAUGAUGAAAAUGCUACUAGUAUUAAUGACGAAAAUGCUAUAUAUAUACCCUAUAAUGCUAAUAAAAAAAAACAGAUAAAAUAUUAGAAAUCCCUUAUUAGGAAGAAUACGCAUGGUCAGCAAAUUUAAACCUGAAAUUUUUACAUAACUUGUGCUUCAAGUCUUAAGAUUUUAUUGUAAUUAAUAUAGGAUGAUUAAUAUGUUCAUAUUAAUAUGAAUAUUCCACGGAUAUAAUUAAUAAUUUGAAUUUAAGAUUCACCCAAUCUUAUUGUAACUUGCGCUCCAAGUCGAAGAUCAUCACCUCUUACUUAUUUAAUACUCCCUAUAAGUAGGUAUAAUAAGAUAUGCCCCUAACUCUAUAAUCAAGCUAUUAUUAUGCAAAUGAUGAAAAAGCUACUAGUAUUUGGAGCCAGAUUAUAUGGGCAUGGGCGUGGGCGUAGGAUGAUGAGCACGAGCACUAAUCUAAAUCCAUGGCUGAUGCUGCCGCCCACAUUCGACAGAAGGCGCGGUGGCAUGGUGUACAACUUCUACAGCCUGGCCGACGAGGAGGUUGUGCUGAUCAACAAGUACGGCCCGGGACCGGAGCCUCCCGAGAUCCCGGACGACAACGCCCGGGUGGUGGGGUCAUCCCACGGGUGGCUAGCAUUGAUGAAUAACCGCAACAACGAGCUGUUCCUCUCCAACCCCAUCACCCGCCGCCACAUCAGGCUCCCCCCAAUCCAGUCCCUUCCUGACCCCGUGCUCAACCUCGACCACGUCAGCGGCAAAGCCAGGGUGUCGAAGCUAAUCCUGUCUGCAGCCCCCCCCGGCUCGGAGGAGUGCCGUGCCAUGGUGUCGUACGGGCAGGACGACCGGCUGGCCUUCUGCUGCCCGGGGCACAGCCAGGAGUGGCUCCCCAUAGGGAAGCCAUACAUGGAUCGAGAGAACAAGACUUUCAACGUGGUCUAUCCCAAGUCCUACGAUGACUUUGUGUAUUCUAGCAAGAGCAAUGUGUUCAGUUGCUUGACCAAAUCGAUGCUCCACGCAACGGGGCUGGAGGAAUGGGACCUGACGGACAUGGAUUCUCCCAAAUUAGCUUGGAUUCAGACACACACCGAUAGUCCGUCUGGGCCGAUUGAUGAUGAGCUCUUGAGUGAGGAGCACCUGGCGUAUGUGGAGCAGACGGAUGAGCUGUUCCUCGUGUCACGUUUUAUCCACAAACGCCUACACAAAACUGCGUUUUUCAGUACAUGUGACAUUAUAAAGGAGGAUGGAUGGUUUCGGACACGAUCUUCAUUUUCAUCUCAUCUCGCCUUGUUUCUUGGAACCAACCACUCCUUUGCCAUCUCCCAUUUAAACCCCAAUUCUAUAUACUUCACCGACCAUAAACGCCAUCAUCAUCAUCAUCAUCAACCAGAUGUCGGAAUCUACGACUGCGCCAACGAAAUUCUCUCCAAUUGCUACUAUCCCUGGCAUCAAACCAAUACCCAUACUAAUAUUGUACCCACACCCGUUUGGUUUACUCCAACACUUGCUUGAUUCUAGUAUUUUUUUUUAAAAUUUGAUUAUGCUACUUAAUUUUUGGGCUGCAACAUUACAUUAAGUUUAUUAAGUACAUGAGUUAGCGUAUUUAUAAUGAACAAUAUAAAUUGGUAUUGUGAUACUUAUUAUUUGUUGGUAUGCUGCUAACAUAUUGGAUUUUAAAUGCACAAAAGCACGCCAAUGUUGUGGUACUCCGUUAAGGGAAUGUACGUACAUUUUCCGAGCGCAGCAACAAUUUACUUCAAUUGAAUUUCUUGCUCA